AUGACUCGACCCGACUCGCCGUCCGACGACGAGUCACCUGUGACUGAAGGCACUCCGACAUCAGCGGCCUUCGCAGAUACCAUACUCGAGAGGAUGGCACAGCAAGACGCCGUCCAGAAGGCGACGAACGAACAAUUCACCGCCAUCGCCGCCAUCUUGGCUCCUUUGGCCGGAAACUCAGGCGAUCCGGCCUCGACAGUCCGAAAACAGCUGUUCGACACCUACCGAACAGCCGGCGCAGAAAACACGACGAACACAAAUGCCGCCCAGGUUCAAACACACGGUGGCGUAGAUCUCGUUACCGUCCGCGAACUCGCCGAGCUUAAGCAGUUGUUCCUGGACAUGAAAGACCGAAUGCUUGAAGGACCUACUUCGGCACCGUCAAUCGAACGCGUCCUCACCGAAACCCUAAAAACCCCCUUUUCUCGGCUAAUCACCGACGUACGGUACCGACCAGCCGAGAAAAUCCACCUUCCGACUUUUGCCGGAAAGGCAGACCCGACUGACCAUAUCACCGCAUUCAACAUCCCGAUGGGUCGAACUAACUUUUCCGAUGAGGAAAGUGACACUGGCGACUUACAUUAUGUUUACGAGACAAAGAGCGACCCCGUCCGACCUUUGGAACCUAUCUCAGGGAGCGAACCCAAACGCGCAGAAGAUGACAAACCAGAAGAGCAGGACGAAGACGAGGGUGAAGCGCAAAUCCUAGAGGAGCAACCUCGUAACCGUCGACGCAUCCAAGUUAUCCUCGCACGACCAAGUUCCUCCUCGGACGAAGAAGAGGACAACAAAGUCCGCGAUUCGCGCGAAUCAUCCAACAAGCGACCAAGUGAAAACGGCAGACCGGAAGAGUCAAAUGACUUGAGAAACAAGCUCAGGCGAAUGUCGCAGACAAUCGACCGUGUGCACGAUCUUCGUUCAAUCAUCGAAGAGUCCAAGGCUAAAAGAGUCGAAGAUUCCAGUCUUCAACCCCAGCUCAAGCCACGAGUCGUCGACCUACGCGAUCAGCUCAACUCAAAACCAGAAGACCUCAGGAUCAAGCUCAACCAACCUAAACGUUCUGACUUACGACGAAAGCUGGAGGUGACGAAAGCCAAGAACGGUGACGGACACGAACCUAUUGACGAGGACUCGUCUAACGAUCUUAGGGUCCAUCUACAAAACAGACGGGUCGUGCGCGCCCCCUUCUUAAACGUGAUUAUGGGAGGCUCGCCACCUUGCGGCGACUCGGUGCGGUCAGUCAAGGACCAUCGACGACAGGCAGUAACCUCGAAGAAAUGGCCAUCGAAACCUGAGAAUGAUCCCUCGAUCACUUUCUCAUCCGAUGAUGCCAUCGGCGUUCACCUACCUCAUAACGACCCCCUACUCGUUGAAGUAGGAAUCGCGAAGUGCGACGUCGCCAAAGUUCUAGUCGAUACUGGCAGUUCGGUUGAUCUGAUCUUUCGCGAUACACUCGAUAGGAUGGGAGUCGAUUUGUGCGAUAUGAAACCGUCAUCUUGCUCCCUCACCGGAUUCAAUGGGGCUUCCGAGACGAUGAUCGGAACAAUCAAGCUCCCAGUCUACGCGUGUCGAGUAACGCGCACAGUCAAGUUUUCUAUCAUCCGAACAAAGGCUCCACAUAACGAAAUCCUCGGGACCCCCUGGUUACAUUCGAUGAAAGCAAUAUCAUCGACAUAUCAUCAGUGCGUGAAGUUCCCAGGACCUACCGGUCAGGUGCAGACACUUCGCGGGGACCAGCAGGCAGAACGUGACCUACUGAUUGCAACGGUGAAGAUGCAACAAUCGACCCCUCACAUCAACGCAAUAGCAAAGCAAAUCCAACCUCAAGAAGAUGAGAUUCUAAAAGUCGCGAUCGAUGACUCAGACCAAAGCAAAGUAGUCCGAGUCGGCGCUUUCCUCUCUGAAGAAAUGCAACGCGCGAUGAUCGACUUUCUGAAGCAGAACGUAUCAACGUUCGCUUGGGCGACAUCAGAUAUGAGGGGAAUAAAUCCAGCCAUAACGUACCAUGAGUUGAAUGUAGAUCCAACCAUCAAACCUGUUCGCCAAAAGAGACGCAAGCUUGGUCCCGAGCGAAGCAAGGCCCUCAACGAAGAAGUCGAGCGAGUCCUCGCAGCCGGUUCAAUCGCCGAAGUACGAUACCCGGAGUGGUUGGCAAACCCGGUCGUCGUCAAGAAGAAGAACGGAAAGUGGCGCGUCUGCGUCGACUUUACCGAUCUAAACAAGGCAUGCCCCAAAGACAGCUACCCACUUCCACAUAUCGAUCGACUGGUCGAAUCAACCGCUGGAAACGAGCUGUUGACUUUCAUGGACGCCUUCUCAGGAUACAAUCAAAUCAUGAUGCACCCAGACGAUCGAGAAAAGACAGCGUUCAUCACCGAUAGAGGGACAUACUGUUACAAAGUGAUGCCAUUCGGCCUUAUGAACGCCGGUGCGACUUACCAACGACUCGUUAAUCGAAUGUUCGCCGACAAAUUGGGGAACACGAUGGAAGUUUACAUCGACGACAUGCUGGUUAAGUCAUUCCGCGCGGGGGACCAUCUAAAUCAUCUAAAAGAGUGCUUCAAAAUGCUGAAUGAGUACGGAAUGAAACUCAACCCAGCAAAGUGCACCUUUGGCGUCACCUCAGGCGAGUUCUUGGGAUACAUUGUCACCCAGCAAGGAAUUGAGGCGAAUCCUAAGCAGAUCACGGCCAUACUUGAUCUCCCUAGUCCGAAGAACAGCAGAGAAGUUCAACGACUCACGGGAAGGAUUGCAGCAUUGAACCGCUUCAUCUCCAGGUCCACGGAUAAAUGCCUCCCCUUUUACGAGCUACUGCGUGGAAACAAGCUAUCCUCCACCGCUGUCAGCAGCGUCCUUAUCCGAGAGGAUCGAGGAGAGCAGAAGCCCAUCUUCUACACGAGUAAGCGUAUGACCGAUCCGGAAACACGAUACCCCACCCUCGAGAAGAUUGCUCUUGCAGUCAUUACUAAUGCAGAACACCAACCAAUCCGGACGAUUAUCGAAGUGGGUAUCGAGCUCAGCGAGCACGACAUUGUGUUAAAAAAUCGAACAACAGCAAAAUCUCAAGUCCUCGCUGACUUCCUAAUCGAGCUCACACCAGAGCUAGAGCAAGACCUAAUUCUUCCAAGUCAGAAUUGGAUACUUCACGUCGACGGAUCGUCAACAAACAAAGGAUCAGGAGGAGGAGUCCAACUGCAGUCUCCAACUGGCGAGCUAAUCAGACAGUCGUUCAGUUUCGGCUUCACCGCUUCAAACAAUGAAGCAGAAUACGAGUCAUUGAUCGCAGGACUACGACUCGCUAAGGCAGUCAAAGCAAAAUGCCUCAGUGCAUACAGCGACUCACAACUCGUUACCAGUCAGUUUAGCGGCGACUACGAUGUUCGUAACGAACGAAUGGACGCGUACCUUAAAGUCGUUCAAACACUCGCUCGGGACUUCGAAUUCUUCGAACUCACCAAAGUCCCCAGAGGAGAGAACGUGUGA